CCCUGGCUCUAGUGUCAAUUGAAUGUUUUGAUGUGAAGUUCGUGAGAAGAAUUUUCUGUGGUUUUUUUGGUGUUUUUCUGGAAUUUAAAUCACCUCAAGUUGUAGAAGAGUAGAGUGUAAUCAUGUCAAACCAAUAUCCGGGUGGAUUUGGUAACCAGAAUCGUGGGAAUUUUGGCAAUCAAAUGGUACCGAUGAGUAUGGCCGGCGGCGUGACCCAAGGUGGCGGCGCCAAUGGAACCAGCAAUCAGAUGGGCAACAUGAUGAACUACAAUCAGGGAAUGAUGCACAGUCCGCAGCAGCAGCAAAUACCCAACACAACGGCCGUAGGAAUGGGUGGAGUUGCAGCCUCACCAUCGCCAAUGUCAAUGCAGGCUGGUCCGGGAAUGCAGAGCCCAUCUCAUGUGUCCCAGCAGCAGACUGGGCAGCAGCAACAGACCAGCAUGCAGCAGCAACAAGUGACAUCACAGCAACAACAAAGUCAGAAUUCCCUCACAUUACACACUUCCACAAAUUCCACGGCUGCAUCCGGAGGCACAACGAGCAGCACCAUGAUGAACCAGGGCUCAGCACCCGGUCAGGGUCAAUUCAACAUUGUCAGUCUCUGCAAAUUCGGCCAGGAAACCGUGCAGGAUAUCGUGAGUCGCUUCCAGGAAGUCUUUCAGGCACUACGAGUGUCCACUCCGCCCAAUGGAACAACUGCCGGAAGCACAGAGAAGAAGGUUCAAGAGCAAUUUCGCACCAUCCGACUUCUGUUUAAGCGAGUCCGCAUCCUCUAUGACAAGUGCAAUGAUAGCUGCCAACAGGGAAUGGAAUAUACUCAUGUUGAGAGUCUCAUUCCUCUCAAGGAUGAGCACGAUCACAAGCCCCAGGUGACUCAGAGUGAGGAAUAUCAAAAAGCCCUUCAGGACAACCGCGAACUGCUCGAGCAAGUGAUGCUGAAGAAUAAGCAACUCCGUGAAGUUAUUGAUAGGAUUCGCAUCAUAAUCUGGGAAAUCAACACAAUGCUGAGCAUGAGAAAAUCUUAAAGGGGAUCUGGCUCAAGUUGUCACAUCAACAAUCGGUCCGAUUAGUCAAAAAAAAAACGAAGGAUAUGAAUUUGGUGUUCGUCUGCAGAUAAGAAUGUAAGGUCAUGUAAAGAGGUUUCUCAUUCAAGAAUUCAAGUAAAGACGACAGGAAAACUAUA